CGGCAGUCACUCGAUAUAAAGUGUAGCAAGUAGCCGAAGCGAUUCUUCACCUAGCGUCAAAUUUCAAAGCUUUCAACAACAAGGAUCGAGUUUUAUUCGAGUAAAGCUGUAAAAAAUUAAAAACGGUUUUCCGCGUAUAAUUGAAUUGACAAAAAAUGAACGGAUAGAAAACUGAGGGAAAAUAAGAAAAAGGGGAAAUGAGAUAAAGAUACAGUGAUCGAAGAGGGCGGAAGACAAACUAAUCAUUAACCAACAAUGGACUAUUCACAGUUCAAAACUGAGGUUUCGAAGAGGAGGCGAACGGCACCGACCAGAGAAUUGACAAAAAUCGCAUACUCGGCGCCGAUGGAGCUGAUUUCAUUGGCGGAGGGCAUGCCGAACGAAGAGACAUUCCCGUUCACGGAAAUAAGCCUCAAACUUAUAGACGGUUCGAGUUUUACCCUCGAAGGUGAGGAACUCGGUGCAGCACUGCAGUAUAUUCCGAGUCAAGGAUACCCCCCGCUGCUUCAGGCGCUCAGGGAACUGCAAAGAAAAAAUCACGCACCUCCUUUGUGGGAAAGCCGGGAUAUCGUCGUGGUUUCCGGCGGCCAAGAUGGACUCAGCAAGGCUCUCGAAGCGAUCGUCGGACCAGGAGAUCCCGUCCUGGUCCAGGACCCCUUUUACACGGGUACAGAAGUUGUGCUAUCGCCGCACAAGGCGGAGCUGAUACCCGUCGCCCAGGACGCGUUUGGUGUCGACACCGCGCUUCUGAGGGAAAUCCUGAAGGGCCGUAGAGCCGCGGGAAAAAAGAUGCCAAAGAUAAUGUACAUCAACCCGACCGGAGCAAAUCCCACAGGGUCGGUUCUGCCCCUCGAGAGACGCAAGGAUAUCUACAGACUCGCCUGCGAAUACAAUUUCCUCAUCCUCGACGACGAUCCCUACCACUACAUGUACUUCACAGAUGAAGCUCCAAAGUCAUUUUUGUCCCUGGACACGGAGGGACGAGUCAUACGGUUAGAUUCAUUUUCGAAAAUUUUGAGCAGUGGACUCAGACUUGGCUUUAUCACCGCGGCAGCACCUCUCGUAGCCAGUAUCGAAGUUCACAUGCAAAGCAGCCACCUUCACGCACCUACAAUAUCACAGGUUAUAGUUUACAACCUGCUAAAAAUCUGGGGACACGACAGGCUUAUGGAACACUUUCGCAGGAUUCGAGUAUUCUACAAAAAACGGAGAGACGUUAUUUCAGCUCUGGCAAAGAAACACCUUCACGGUCUGGCAGACUUCACGAUACCGAGCGGGGGUUUUUUCCUCUGGAUAAAAGUCCGAGGGGUAAAGGAUACCUGGAGGAUGGUAAUGCAGCGCGGGGUUACCCACGGAGUAUUACUGGUGCCAGGCGCAGCGUUUAUGGCGGACCCAAGUCAGCCCUGCAAUGCAAUAAGAGCCAGCUUCGCGAAGGCUUCGUACGAGGAUAUGAAUUCGGCACUGGAAAGGUUCGCGAAGAUGAUAAGAGCGGAGUUAUCGACGAUCAGUAACAACAACAUCGAGAAUGGCGAAGUGUAGACUAUCACUCCCAUGCCUGAAAAUGUGAAUGUCGGCAAUUGGUGGUAAAAAGAUUGGUUCUAGCGUCGGUACGGUACCAAUAUACCCUUACAACCGUCAGUGCGAUGUCCGUAAACGGUUGUUGAAACGCGCGGUUGGACAAACACUGUUAUCAUCGAGUGAUGACCGCGCGGUAGAAGCGAGGUGCAUGUUCAUCACCACCAUGAGUAAUCGUUUCAAGCGUUAAACAAUAUUAGAUUAUAUUUUGUAGUACUUAAACGAGUUUCACAAAAAAAGAAAACGGUCAACCUAGAUUCGACACGCAAGUAGCAGGUAUUAGGGUAGCUUGAAGGUCGCUGCCUUACCGACAGAAGCAGAGCCCCAAACUAACGACGUUUCGUAUCGAGAGUCUCGGCGGAGUUUCGAGCUUUCAAACGGUACCGACAGUCAGACUUGUUGAAAGGGAUGGCAAAAGCUCAUUCGCCCUGUUCCAUAAUCUUGGUAAGGAACGGAAGAGAACUACGUGUACAAUUCUAGGAUGAAUUUGACAGAUGGCAGCAAUAAGUAUGAAUUGUACGUUCGGGUGGAUUUGUACUUUGCGACAAGUACGCUAAUGGGACGUACGGAAAGCUACCGUGAAUGAAAAGAAAAGAUAA